UCACUAAUCUCUAUCUACUGUUGCUUUGAUCUCAACCUAAACCCACACGUCACGUUACAAAGAAGAACCCAAAACCAUCUUUGUUUUUUCAAAUCAGAAAAAAAAUCGUUUCUUUUUGUUUGCAAGCAAUCUUAUAUAUUUAUUUUUUCUUACAGCCUGCCCAUCGUGAAUCAGACCGUGCCCAUUGUUCAGAUAUCCUUCCGAACAUUCGAAUCUAUGUUUAAAAUCCUUUCUUUAUCCUCUUUUAAGAUAUAGUAGUUGGUGGUGACCCAAACAGAGAGAGACGCAUACGCACAGAGAUUAUGGGAUCCGCCGCUGUAGCGAGUUCGUCUUCUUCUGAUGCUGCCAUCUCAGCUCUGCGUGAGAAGCAUGAGAAGGAAGUAGAGAAUCUAACACUGACCUCACAACCUUUGAGUACAUUGAGCUUGUUUGUUGAGGCUACUGUUCUGUACUUCAAGCGAUCGGUAUUGUAUCUGCUUGCUCAUGGACGUUGGUUCAUGCUCCUGACCACUUUUUUGGUGGCAUUUGGAGUUUUGCUUGUGACUGUUGAUGGACCUCAUGGAAAACAUGUUGAAGAAGUAUCAGAGUAUGUCCGAUACAGCUUAUGGUGGAUAACACUUGGCGUCGCCUCUUCUAUUGGUCUUGGAUCUGGUCUCCACACUUUUGUUCUCUAUUUGGGUCCACACAUUGCGUUGUUCACUCUUAAAGCAACCCAAUGUGGCCGUAUUGAUCUGAAAUAUGCACCAUAUGAUACCAUACAGUUUAAACGAGUUCCCUCGUGGCUCGAGAAAUCUUGCUCAGAAUUUGGUCCUCCUCUAAUGGUAUCAGCUGCUGGAUCUCGUGUUCCACUAACCAGCAUAUUACCACAAGUCCAGCUGGAAGCGAUUCUAUGGGGUAUUGGGACAGCUCUUGGGGAGCUUCCUCCAUAUUUCAUCUCAAGGGCAGCUAGUCUUUCUGGGAGCACAGUGGAUGGAAUGGAAGAGUUAGAAGCUUCAUCAUCUGAAGAUAGUGGAUUUAUGGCGGCUAACUUGAACCGCGUUAAGCGUUGGCUAUUAACACAUUCACAGCACUUGAACUUCUUUACCGUCUUUGUUCUUGCUUCGGUCCCAAAUCCUCUGUUUGACCUCGCUGGAAUAAUGUGUGGACAGUUUGGCAUUCCAUUUUGGGAAUUCUUUCUGGCCACUUUAAUCGGAAAGGCGAUCAUUAAAACUCAUAUACAGACAAUAUUUAUCAUAUGUGUCUGUAAUAACCAACUGCUGGAUUGGAUGGAGAACGAGAUGAUUUGGAUACUAAGUCAUGUACCUGGUUUGGCUGAUGUAUUGCCUGGACUCAUCGCCAAACUCCACGCCAUGAAAGAAAAGUAUAUUGACGUGUCACCUCCUGUUCCAUCUCAUAUCAAGGUGAAAAAAUGGGAUUUUUCGUUUGCGUCGAUCUGGAACGGGAUAGUGUGGCUAAUGCUCCUCAACUUCUUCGUGAAGAUUGUGACAGCAACUGCACAGAGACACUUGAAGAAGAAGCAAGAGAAAGAAGUAGCUGCUUUGACUCAUUCUGAUUGAUCAAGAUACCUUUUGAGCCAAACCUCACCAUCUGUUCUUCCUUAUGCCCCAACAUUAAAGCAGCCAUUAUCCAGAUUUAGAAGAAAGGUAUAGAAAAAAGCAGCUUUUCUUCUAAUGUUUACACAUUUUUCUCGUGGUAUUUGUACUGUAUGGAAGGAGAAGGAUGUGUUUAGGAGGUGGAAUUGGGAUUGUGAGAUUGCAUUGGAUGCUUAUUUUAAUCCUGCGAUUCUGCAGUGAAGGUUUUGUGGGAAGAACUCAAAAAAACAAAAGCUUAUAGUCGUUAAUUUGUUACUCUGCUUAUUUAAAUUGAAACUAGUGUUAAUCUAUUA